AUGACUGUAGAAGCGACAAUAAAAGAAAACCCAAUCAUUCAGUUUGAAAGUCGAUCGAAGGCGAAAGGAAUAACAGAGACAGCAUGGCAACGACUAGCCAGAGUACUAUCUGUUAUCGAUUUGGAUACUGUUCGUGCAUGGCUUCAAGAUGUUGCUAAACAUGUGUCUUUCGCAUUAUCAACAUCAACUAUAACGGCUGUCUUUGUGUUUGGCGGAAUCAGCAGUGGUCCAAAUCAAGGGACAUUACAGGAGCAUAUUUUGAAGAUCAUUCAAACUGAUGCCAACGAUGGCGGCAUCAAUCAAGGAUCUUACACCCAAGGAAGAAAUACAAAAAUCCAGUGA